ACGAACGCUAGCCAUUCAUAGUAAAUUCUUAGCUCAUGGUAGAAUGGCAGGAAAACGGGCACCUCGUACAAGUCAGCCACCCGAGUAUGUCUCCAGUACGGGUCUACAAGCGAGAGAGUAAGCGCAUAGAGUGACAUGCACAUGCUAAAGCUGCAGUAGACACUACAUGUGCUUGUAGUGGAGUUUUGUCUUGGUAGCGACCAUGAGCGUCCGGUAUAGCUAAGAUUGUAUUUAAUGAGACUGUUUGAGCUGGUUUUUUGUCUGCCUUGCACGGCUUCAAGUUCUUGGCUGAGAUGCCGUCAGAUGCACUGAAGAAAAGAAAAGAUUGCAGGAACAGCGACUCUGGCGAUGUGGAAGUUACAAAAGCUUAUGCUUAGCUUUCUUUCUCAUGCUCUUGUGUUCGUUACGAUCUAUCAUCUUGUACCUGAUUAGAAGAUAACUAAGUUUUCUCGUUGCAUUUGUCAAGUUAAAGCAGAGCAGCGCUGUCACAAUGACAACAGCAUCCGGCAAGAAGAAGCAAUAUGACGAGAUGGCACCAGAAUACAACGCGUAUGAAGACAUUCCUAUCGCACGACUAGAGGCCGAACUUAUCACUACCGCCCUCGGCGAUUGCACGGGAUACAACAUUCUGGACCUCGGUGGUGGGUCUGGCGUUUACGCUCGCGAAGCAGUUAGGCUGGGUGCGAAACGGGUCGAUGUCGUCGACAUAUCAGACUCUAUGAUGAAGAUUGGUAGAGACAUUGAAUCGAAAUCUCGAGGAAAGAGUCGAAUCCGCUGGCUCCUCGGCGAUGCAUCUAAACCUAUGGAGGACCAAGAAGUCGACAUCCUUCCUCCAGGCGAGUACGACAUCACGAUGGCAAAUUGGAUAUUCGAUCAUGCCUACACAGUAAACGACCUUCGUGGAAUGUGGGAGAGCAUUGCCAAAAGUCUGAAGCCUGGCGGCAAGUUCAUUGGCGUUCGUGCAAUUGCUCCCGGCUGCUUUGCCCCACAUAACGUUACUACGGGCAAGUACGGCUGCCUGCGAUCAGACAUCAAGAUGAUUCCCGGGGGAUUCCAAUGCAAAGCUACACUCCUGACUAAGAAGCCCUUUUCUGUUGGCUGCACGCUCAUGGAGGAUAGCUAUAAUUUGGUCGACGCUAUUCCGCGGGAGUUCGGCUUGACGGAUUUCGAAAUAGUCCCAGAUGCCGAGUCUGAGACUGUGAAUAAAGAUCGGAAGUUUUGGCAGGAGCACGUAGAUGAUCCAUGCUUUGCCGUUGUGACGGCGACGAAGAUCUAAAUGGUAGCAUCGAUGGGAGGGAAAAUUAGAUAGUUCGAGAGAUGUCCAUCUAGAGUACAAGAGUUCAAGGGAUUCUCGUUCAAUACAUCACAACACAUUCUUAUGAAGUUCAAUCAUCUAUCUUGAUGAAAAAAUAACUAUCCGUGAAUGGA